AUGGAUCCCAGUCUAACAUUAGAAAUUCCCUUCGUCCUCCUCGGUCGAAAAGACCUAAAGUCAAGCAAAUACCUCCCACAAAACGAGGAGCAAACAAAACCUCUGGAAUACAUCAAUGCCACUCUCCUCGCACUCUGUCCCGACAUCCUCGUGCACCUGAUCGCAUCCAGCGACCAAAUCACACCAGAUGUAGCAUGGCAUCUCUACCCCUCCCCCUUCGACGAAGACGCCAUCCUCACCGUCGGCGAGCGCGCCAAACUCAGUAAAGAUAUAUGGUCCUGUCCCGCCAUCCUGCACCGCACUGGUAUUUCCCUCGACACCAGCUCCACUGCCUGGACGCUAUUCACUCAUGAAGCCGGGCAAAUCUUCUCCGCUCUCGCUAAACUAGAUGCGCACGAAGAGCCCGAAAUCGUCGUCCACGGCGAAACAAUACACUUGCGCCCGUGGAGCCUCGUCACGCCCUCACAAGCACAAUUACGAAUUGUUCUCGUGCCAGGGCAUGAUAUCCAUCCCCCCCUUUUCAAACACACACUCAUCCUCGCCGCCGCGCUGGAGCGCAAACUCACGCUCCUGACCACGCCCUCUGCACUACUUCGAUACUGGACGCUCUCGCGCUUUUUAGAGUUCCGCGCGGUUAGACAGUUGGGGCGGAAGAAAGCGGAGUUGUGGACGGAGAAGGGCGACGCGUAUGCUCGAGAGGAAAGGAAGUGGUUUGCUCGCUUCGAUGAGGAGGACAGGGCGGGUCAGCGGACCAAGAAGCGGGGGAGGGAGUGGUGGGAUGUUGUGGACAGUGGGGUUUAG